GAUCAGUGCCCCGACCACUCGCAGGAUUGCUGUCUCCAGUACUACUUGUUUUUCAAUUUUACAAGAUUCGAUGGGCAUAAGAACAGAAUGAAUGAUUCGGGUCUAAAUAUGCAAGUUACUUGAAUACCCGUAAUAUGGCACCCAAGAUAACGCUUGAACAUGCUAGCGACCCAGCGAAACGCUUUUUCUUUCCACGCCGCACCCGUGGCAGUAACAUGCACGUUGCCGCAAAAGAUAAAGGCUGGGGAAGAGGAAUUAUCGAAGGCCCAGAUGGAGUUAUUGGGAGGAAGUUUGACGAUCCCGUGUCAAACGGUAUAUAUACGUUCCGGCCUGCUCCUGCAGAGGAGGCUUCUGCUGUGGAGCAGAGCACCAUCAACAACGCCUUUGUUAUUGCUUCCAAGGGUCCCAGCAGCGAGGGUCCUGCAGACGUGGCAGGCCCCAGUCAGCAGCAGCCACCAGACCAGCUUCGCAGACCCGAGGCACCACCAUCUCUGGAGACAUUCCAGCCUCGCAGGCCUGAGACACGGGGCUGGCUCAAAGAGCAAGGUGGGGCAGCGGGAGGGGCCCCUUCAAAGAGCCAAUAUUUUACUGCUGAAUUAGAGGAGGCGUACAGCGCAGCGGUGUUGGCAAUGGUGCGGCGUCCUGAGUGGUACGAAGCACACGGCAGGGAUGCCCCGCCCCACUCUGUGGAGCACAGCUCAUUGGCAGAGCGCCUGGCAUCAAUGAAGGUGAUUCGCUGAUACUUUUCAGCCGGCCAGCAGCAGUUGUGGAUGGCGCAUCGAGGAGCACAAGAAGAGGUAGCAGUGUUACAACGGAUGCAUUGAACGGUAUAAGUCCAUGUACAUUAUUUGUGUGGCCUUCGCAUCUCUAGUACAUGCAAAUAGAGUUUACCUCACUUGCGGCACGCACUUGAACGCAUAAUAAAUAUUGCAGGCUACAAAUGUCUGCAUUUGCGCGUUGUGUCGUACUAAACAAGUUUGCAGCUGAACCCUGCAGACAGACAAGUUGUCACGAUGUGAAUGUGCGCAAGUGCGAAAUGCAUUUGAGCGUGUGUGUGUGCCUGUGGGUGGGUGGGUGUUUGUGCAUGUACAUGUGAUGUGGAGGGUAUAUUGUACUGUGAUAAGCUGUUUGGAUUCUACAAUUAGCUUUGUUGAUAACAGUAGACCAAUCCAUUUACCAGCGUAACAACUUCAGAUGUAGAGAUCACAGACAGUGGCCAUGCAUGACUUAUCAUAGAAUAAGUCUUGCAAUAAGAGCCCAGGCCUGCUGAUUGCAGUAGGACUGUCC